AUGGUGCGAGAAUUAGCUGAGAAGAAGAAAAGUAAUGUUGAUGCUGAAACAUCUGAGAGUAGUGGUGGAUUCAAAGAAGGAGUCAGAGUACAAAUACUGGAUUGGAUUGAAUCAGAGGAUGUUGUUGUUGGUGAAGGAGAAUUCUGCUCUGCUGAACCGAAGUACAAAAUUGGUCGUAUACCAAUUGGUCCUAAUGCAGUGGCUAUCGUAGUUAAGUAUGCACUAAGCGCAUCAGCUUCACUCUGGAGGCCUACUACGGAUGUGUUAACUCUUGAUGAAGCUGUGGGAUACAAGAUAUCUUGGCCAAUGGAUAAAGUGAUUUUGGAUAAGGAUCCAAACUGUUCUGAAGAUUUACCUAUGCAAAGCAAGGAAGGUGAAUAUCGAAGAUGUAAGAUAUAUGAUUGGACCAAUGAUGAGGACGAGGUCAUUUCUGAAGGUCUCGUGUGCUCUUCAAAAUCCAAAGACAUG